AUGGCGUUCCGGCAAGGCGGCGGCGAGUCACGGGGGGGUCCGGGUCGGCCGGACGGCCCGCCGCGAAUAAAGGACGGCAGCUGGAUAUCUGCCGACGCUCGGAAUCGACCGACUGGCUGGGCAUCGCAGAUGGGGCGCGCGAAGCGGCUGAAGCCGCGCAUGUGGAAGAGCGCGUUCGACGCGGAGGGGCGUCUGGUGCGCAUGCCACAAGUGCUUAAAGCAAUUCUCGAAGGGGGAGUGGACAAGUCGAUACGGGGCGAGGUGUGGGAGUUCCUGCUCGGCUGCUUCUCCCUCGAGUCCACUGCGGAGGAGAGGAACUACGUGCGCGAGGCCAGGAGGGAGCGUUACCAGCAGCUGUUGCUGCAGUGCCAUCAGAUGCACAGCAACGUGGGAUCGGGUCACCCUGCCUGUCUUUCCUUUCUCCCCUCACACCCUCUUCCCCCUCUCCCUCGCACCCCCUUUCCUGCCCUAACGCCCCGAACCAACUCCUCCCCCCCUACUCCCCCCCUUUUCUCCCCCUCCCCCUCCCGUCCCCUCGAUCCCCCUUGCAGAGAGCGUUACCAGCAGCUGCUGCUGCAGUGCCAGCAGAUGCACAGCAACGUGGGCUCGGGUCACCUGGCCUUUGCUGUGGGAACGCGUAUCAUGGACGUGCGCAUUAUCCACCCCGGAAACACCCCGGGCAACUCAGGAACUACCCCCGGAAGCAGCACCGCCAACAUCCCGUCCCCAGCCACCACGUCUCCUAGCGGGGAAGCAGGGGGGAGCGGGGGGGGAGGAAGAGCGGGGGGCGGGAGCAGCAGCAGGAGCAACACUCCCCCCGAUCGAAGCGUGCUAGGGGGGGCAGGGGCUAGAAGCUCAGCCAGCGGGGGAAGCAGCGACCUGCGAUUCCCGCCUUCUAGACAGUAUUCUGAACGGGGCUCUGCUGGGAGUUCUACGCAGCUUAGACUGGAUCAGCUUAUAGAGGAGGGUGGGCCUAGACUGAGCUCCUUCUCCUCAUUCUCUUUCAGUUGCGAUGUUGAUGUGUUCGAUUUGGAUGACCCUAGGGGGCUGUUUGUGCGGCCGGGAGGGGAGGAGGAGGACGAGGAGGAUUUGGAGGAGGAGUGGGAGGGGGGAGGGGGCGCAGGGGGAGGCGCAGGAGGGGGGGGCGCAGGAGGCGCAGGGGUAGGGGGGCCAGGCGGUUCGAGCAGUGGGGUUGCUGGUGUGGGGACUGGGACGCGCGCAAUGGGGAAAGCUGAGGCUGGCGCGUCAGGCAUUGCUGCUAGCGCGGGAGAAGGGCCUGGGGGAGAGGAUGCGGAUGGGGCAGCAGCAGGGGGACUAGCAGCAGCGGCUGUAGCAGCCGCAGCAGCAGCAGCAGAGGGGGGGAAAGGAGCAGGGGCAGGGGGGGGAGCAAGGGCAGGGGCGCAUGGGGAAGAGGAUGCGCCUACAGGGGCACAAGGCGCGCGUUCAGGGGCAGGGGGGCAGGAAACGGGGAGGAGGCCGGGGGAAGGGGGGGAGAGGGGGGAGGAUCCGAGUGGGGAGGGCGCGCGGAACAGGAGGAGGGCGGAAAAUCGUACCGCUCUGCACCACAGGGCACCGGUUCAGGACCACUACAGGUCGUCUGAAUCCCAGAAGCAACAGUAUUCAGAUGUGCCUUUAGCAAAGAGUUUUAGUAGUAGCCUGCCGGCUGUGGGUGGGGAGGGGGAUGUGGGUUCGCCUAUGCAUGCCGCAUCUGGUGCCGACAGGUGGCACGCUGUGAGUGGCGGAGUGGGUGGUGGAGGCGGGGGGAUGGGGCAGGGAGGGGAAGGGGGAGAGGAUGAGGGGGUGGAGGAGGGGGCAGGGGAGGGCGGGUGGGAGGGCCGGGAGGGUGGGGCGGGAGGGGCGACGGAUGGGGGAGCGGGGGGGAGGAGGCUGGGGAAGGAGGGGCGGCCGCCAGCGGGGGAGUUGGGGGGAGUGGGGGCGGCGCAGGGGGCGCAAAAGGGAGGGGGAGAAGGGGGAGCGGGCGCAGCGUGGGUGAGGGGGAUGAAGAAGGCGCAUAAGAAGCUGAUAGGAUACCUUGGCGCAUCAGACAGCUUCGGGGGGAGGGAAGGGGGUGGGGCGGGGGGAGGAGUGGGCGUGGGGACAGGAGGAGGGGGACAGGGAGACGGAGGAGGAGGGGGAGUGCUGGGCGGGGGAAAGGUUGCGGGGAAGCUAGGGGGAGAGGGGCAUGAAGGGGGAGCGAUGGGCGGCGGAGGGGAAGGAGAGGGGGUGGGCGGAGGAGGGGGAGGAGCAGGGGGAGGGAGGGCGGGCGCAAGGAGACGGCUGCGGAAGGUGCUGAGUGCGGAUUGGGGGAGCACGUCAUUGGACGAGCUGCUUGGCGGCAAGGGCUUGGCUCCUAGCGCGAGCACCAACCUUUCCGCUGGCUCCUCCUCCUCCUCGCGCCGCUCCCGCAGUGCAGGCAUGACUAUGGUUGACUUUGCUGGAAUCACUGCCCCCUCGCCUGUAGCAGAGCCUGUAGCUGGGUCCGUAGAGGCAGCUGUAGCAGGGCCUGUAGCAGGGUUUAUGGAGGGGGGAGAGGUGUGGGGGGGGGCGCGGAGUGGUAGCCAGGGGGUGGGGCAGCAUGGGCGGGAGAGUGCGUUGGGGAGCAGAGAGCGGAUGAGCUUUGGGGGAGGCGGGGAUAUUGUGGAUGGGCGGGAGAGAGACAAGGGGAGGGAGGGAGAGGGGGAGAGGGAGGGGGAGAGGGAAGGAAAGGAUGAGCGUGAUGUCAAGGAGCAGGAGGGGGAGCAGGAGAAGGAGGGGGAGCAGGAGAAGGAGGGGGAGGAGGAGGAGGAGGAGGAGGAGGAGGAGGAGGAGGAGGCGGAGGAGGAGGAGGAGGAGGAGGAGGAGGAGGAGGAGGAGGAGGAGGAGGAGGAGGAGGAGGAGGAGGAGGAGGAGGAGGAGGAGGAGGAGGAGGAGGAGGAGGAAGAGGAGGAGGGGGAGUGGGAGGAGGGGGAGGGGCAGGGACAACCGUGGAAGGGAGUGGCGUUGAAGGCAUUCACACGGGUGCAAGCACGGGAGGGAGCAGCCAAGCAGCAGAGCAGAGGCAGAGUAUUCUACAGGCUUACAUGCAGAGGAAAAGCUUCAAUGGGAAGAAUCCUACAGCUGAGCAGGUGUAUGCGAGGGGGCGAAGGGGGAGGGGAGGAGGAGGGAGGGCAGAAGGCGCAGCUGACGGUUGAUCCGGUGGUGGCGGCUCGGCUGGGUGUCACGGUGGAGCGCGUUGCAGACUGGCUGUGGACGCUGCAUAAGAUAUCCGUGGAUGUGGAGUGCACGGACAGGCACAUGGCGUUUUACCAGGCGGAGAGGAACCGGGCCACCAUGUGUGACAUCCCUAGAACUCCUAUGCCCUCUCCUCUCCACUCCCCUCCUCUCCUUGCUCCUUCACCAGCGGUGGAUGUGGAGCGCACUGACAGGCACAUGGUGUUCUACCAGGCAGAGAGGAACCGGUGCCCUACCUCUUCAUCCCUUGCCUUCCCUUCCCACUUAUUUCGUGCCCUCCUCUUCCCAGCGGUGGAUGUGGAGCGCACUGACAGGCACAUGGUGUUCUACCAGGCAGAGAGGAACCGGUGUCCUACCUCUUCAUCCCUUGCCUUCCUUUCCCACUUAUUUCGUGCCCUCCUCUUCCCAGCGGUGGAUGUGGAGCGCACGGACAGGCACAUGGCGUUAUACCAGGCAGAGAGGAACCGCGCCACCAUGCACAUGGCGUUCUACCAGGCAGAGAGGAACCGCGCCACCAUGUGUGACAUCUUGGCCGUGCAUGCCUGGAUCGACCCCGCUACUGGCUUCUGCCAAGGCAUGUGCGACAUUCUUUCACCAUUCAUCAUGCUCUACGCCCAUCCUGCCGACGCCUUCUGGUGCUUCGAGUGCCUCUUCUCCCGCAUUCGGCACAACUUUGUGCUGGAGGGCCCGGUGGGCAUUCUUCGGCAGCUAGCGGUGCUGCGGGACGUGGUGGCGCUGGUGGACCCCGAGCUCGCCUCGCACCUGGAGGAGCUUGGAGCGGAUAACUGCAUGUUCGCCUUCCGCAUGCUGCUGGUUCUCUUCAGAAGAGAGCUGCCGCUUGUGGACGUCAUUGUGAUGUGGGAGAUGAUGUGGGCGGCGGACUUCGACUCACGGAUGGCGUCCGUGCUCCUCCACCACCCCCCUGAGGGUCUCAACCUCGUAGCCGAGCCGCACACCUGGUCCACCGGUCCCCUUCCCCCUCUCGAUUCCCCCACCAACGACGCCGCCACCACCCCCGUACCGUUCUCCACCGCUUCCAACCAAGGCUCGGGGUCGUCUCUAGGGGGGUUCGACGUGAUGGGGCUGGGGGGGGGGAGGAGAGGGGGGAAAAGGAGGUCGGGGCAGUUGACGGCGCAGGAUGUGGAGGGGGGGGCGAGUUUGAUGUCUCAGUGGGGGGAGGCGCGGGUGGGGGAUGAGGAUUUGGCGGUGUUCUGUGUGGCGGCCAUUCUGAGGGUCAACCGGAAGAGACUGCUGCUGGUGGAAGGGUCUGACGAAGCCAUCAAGGUGGGUCUCUACGCACUCUUAGCCCCUCCCUCUCAUCUUGUCCUCGCUCCCCCACCAUCAGAUGUUCAACGAUGUGGAGCUGGUGUUGGACGUGGUCUCCUGCAUCGACCUGUUUUGCUGCUCCCUAACCUCUAUACCCUUCACAACACUGUUCUCACCAUCAUCAAUUCCCCGUCUCUGCACCUCUCUGCCCCUCCCCCACCAUCAGAUGUUCAACGAUGGCUCCACGCGGCAUCAGGGCUCGAUAGCAUCUCAAAGGCCAUUCAGGCUCGAUAG